UAUGAUCUUUGUGUCUUCAGGACUGAAAGGCUUAAGUGAAGAGAAUAAAUCACAAGCUAGCUGUGCUACUAUGAAGUCUGAAGCCUUGCUGCUAUAUGUGUCGCUACUACAUUUCGCCGGGGCUGGUUUCCCCGAAGACUCUGAGCCUAUCAGUAUUGCACAUGGCAACUAUACAAAACAAUAUCCGGUAUUUUUGGGUCACAAACCAGGACGGAAUAACACACAAAGACACAAGCUGGAAAUCCAGCUGAUAAUGAAAAUGAACCGAACACUCUACAUUGCUGCUAGAGACCAUAUUUACACUGUUGAAAUGGAUACAUCCUUCACAGAGCAGAUUAAUUUUAACAAAAAGUUAACAUGGAGGUCGAAACAAGCUGACAUAGACAUAUGCAGAAUGAAGGGAAAACGUAAGGAUGAAUGUCAUAAUUUCAUUAAGUUGCUUCUGAAAAGAAAUGAUGAGACCUUAUUUGUGUGUGGGACGAAUGCUUUCAACCCAUCCUGCAGAAAUUAUAAGUUGGAUACCCUUGACUUCCUUGAAGAGGAGAUCAGUGGAAUGGCAAGAUGCCCCUAUGAUCCAAAACAUGCAAAUGUGGCACUUUUUGCUGAAAAUAAGCUUUAUUCUGCAACCGUAACAGACUUCCUUGCAAUUGAUGCCGUCAUAUAUCGGAGCCUUGGAGACAGUCCUACGCUGCGGACAGUCAAGCACGAUUCAAAAUGGUUGAAAGAGCCUUAUUUUGUCCAGGCUGUGGAUUAUGGGGAUUAUAUCUACUUCUUCUUUCGGGAAAUAGCUGUCGAGUACAACAGCAUGGGAAAGGUUAUUUUCCCGCGAGUGGCCCGGGUGUGUAAAAACGACAUGGGAGGUUCUCAAAGAGUACUGGAGAAGCAAUGGACGUCAUUUAUAAAGGCUCGUCUGAACUGUUCCGUACCAGGAGACUCGCACUUUUACUUCAACAUCCUUCAGUCGGUCACAGAUAUUGUCCAUAUUGAUGGCCGUGAUGUCGUUCUAGCUAUAUUUUCUACUCCAUAUAACAGCAUCCCUGGCUCAGCAGUCUGUGCCUACGACAUGGCGGAUGUAGCCACUGUGUUCACUGGUCGGUUCAAAGAGCAGAAAUCCUCGGAUUCCACUUGGACACCAGUGGCUGAAGAACGGGUUCCUAAGCCAAGGCCUGGAUGUUGUGCAGGUUCAAUGUUACUCGAAAGAUAUGCGACUUCCAAUGAAUUCCCAGACGAUACCCUCAACUUUAUUAAAACGCACCCUCUCCUGGACGAGGCUGUCCCUUCAAUCGACACCCGGCCGUGGUUUCAGAGGACGAUGGUCAGAUAUCGACUGACUAAAAUUGCCGUGGAUAAUGCAGCUGGGCCCUACCAGAAUUACACUGUGGUUUUUCUGGGGUCAGAGAGAGGAGUUGUCUUAAAGUUCCUUGCCAAAACAGGCAUUGGCAUCAUCAAUGACAGCGUCUUCUUGGAAGAGAUUAACAUCUACAAUUCAGAGAAGUGCAGCACAGAUGGCGUAGAAGACCGGAGGAUUGUGGGUAUGCAGCUGGACAAGCUCAGCGACUCCCUGUACGUGGCCUUCUCCACGUGUGUGGUGAAGGUACCUCUGGCUCGAUGCGAGCGUCAUGGCAGGUGCAAAAAGACAUGUAUUGCUUCUCGAGACCCUUACUGCGGCUGGCUAAAAAAAGGAGUUUGUGCAGAGUUGUCUCCUGCGUUUAAAUCCGGGUUUGAGCAAGAUAUUGAGCAAGGCAACACAGAUGGUCUGGGAGAUUGCCAAAACUCCUUCGUGGCAUUGAAUGACCUUUCUACUACUCCACAAGAUCAUGAAAUGUCUCACGAUGCAGCACAUGGCCGCUUCAGUUCUGCCUUUUCCACCACCAACCCUCCUACAGCAGUUAAGGAGGGGUAUGAUGCUCUGGGGAGGAUGCUGGAUCAGAAGAAUGUUGUUGUGUCCUCAGAAAACCUUGACCCGUACGUGGCCAAUCCUCCACCCAAUCGCCAUGAUACAAACGGAGUAAUUCGCGAAAGUUACCUCAAAGGCCACGAUCAGCUUGUUCCGGUCACCCUCUUGGCCAUUGCAGUUAUCCUCGCCUUCAUCAUGGGGGCAGUUUUCUCUGGGAUCAUAGUCUACUGCAUAUGCGAUCAUCGGCGGCGAGACAUCGACCUCAGCCGGAGGAAGGAGAAAGAGUCGUCUCAUUCACGCAGAGCUUCCAUGGCCAGCGUCACCAAACUCGGUGGGUUGUUUGAUACACAGACAAAGGAUCCCAAACCAGAAGCUCUGCUCACUCCUCUGAUGCACAACGGUAGAAUGGUGACUCCUAAUGGCACAACCAGAACACUAAUCAAAGCUGACCAGCACCAUUUGGACUUGACGGCCCUGCCGACUCCGGAGUCUACACCCACCUUGCAGCAGAAGAGGAGAAUGAGCCGCGGGAGCAGCCAGUGGGAGAGGAACCAGAACCUGAUCAAUGCCUGCACGAAAGACUUGGGAUCCAUGGGAUCCCCAGUCAUCUCCAUGGAUCUGCCUCUCCAUGCAUCGCCCAACCACAUCCCAAGUGUUGUGGUCCUUCCAACCACUCAACAGAGCUUCCAGCAUGAAUAUGGAGAUCAAGGGCACCGAUCAGACAUGGGGCACAUGACUAGUGAAGACCAGAAUGCCACACUAGAAUAUAGAAGUAUGAAAAGCCCUUGUCAUGGAUUGGUAGCGAGCCUAGAUCACAUACCACCCAAAGUCCCUCAAAGAGAAGCCUCUCUUGCAUCCAAUAAUUCGGGUUUGCCUCAUAAUGGUCUGGGCAAGCGACUGGACGUCCCUUCUGCUUCAUAUGCAAUUGAAUACAAGAGAAACUAUCCCAGCAACUCCUUGCAAAGAAAUCCUCAGACAUCAGCAUUCAAAAGAAACCACAAUACUAACUCCUCCAAUUCCUCUCACCUUUCGAGGAACCAGAGUUUUAAUAGGGGAGAGAAUCCACCUCCUGCACCACAAAGAGUGGACUCCAUGCUCGUGAGCGCAGGCCAGUCUCAGACGCAGGCUGUGACCAUAUCGAGGAGGUCGAGCAUCAAUGCAGCGUACAACUCUCUGCCGAGAUCAGGAGUCAAACGCACAGCCUCUUUAAAACCGGAUGUCCCACCAAAACCUAUGUUUGUUCCCCUUUCAAACUCCAUGAAGCCAAAUGAUGGGUGUACAUAAUCCUGACGGAAGGCAGGAAAUUACAUGGACCCUGCUUUCUGAGUCAGUGCUUUGCAACCGCAACACCGGUUUUGUUUUACAAAAAUAAAAAGCUGAUGAUAAGCUGAGGAUGUUUUCCCCCUUCUCCCUGGGAAAAGUGGAAUCUUUUCUUACAACUGCAACAGCUACUGAACUCAGUGUCUGAAAGGUUGGGGUUAGCAGCUAUUGGACUGCCGCUGUCUAAGUGGGGGGUUAACAAUCGAUGCACACUAAUGGAAUGGAAUGAUGAGCCAAAAGCACAAAACUGUGGCAAAAAAGUGUCAUGUCUUCUUGACCCAACAGCAUAUUAGUCUCUUGGGAGAUGUUUGAAAUCAAAGCACUGAAGAAGUCAUCUUGGACUUAAAGAAAUGGCUGAAGUUUACUGUUUGCAGAUACUGUGAAAUGCCUCUCAGUGUUACAUCCGCUUGGUCACAGCAGAAUACUGCCUCUUAGGCAAGGCUUCAGCCUACAUCUCUGCUACUGUCCUCCUUGUAAUGAUUAAUGUGACUAUUAACACUUAAUAGCUCCUGGUAUUUAUUAUUUAAGUGCUAUUUCAAAAAUAUGACUGACUCCUUCAAAUGAGUUUAUGGAUAUCUCUUAAGAAAAAUCACAAAGAAGUCUAAAAUGUAAUGAUGUUUGUAAUUAUUUAAGUCAAGUCAAUUAACUGGAGACAUUCAAUGCUUUUUUAAAAAGUAACAAUCCACUAACAAUAUGGAGGUGGAAAUCUGAGCUCAGUGUUUCUACUCCGCUGCUGGCAGGGUUAUCAAAGUGCUGAGGGAGGGAGGGGGAAAGGGGGAAGGAAGAAGGGGAUAUUUAUUUUAUUGUGCCAGGUGGUCACAGGUUCAUUUCAUCAUCCGUGGUGAGCUUAAGGUGGUGGGGUGGGGAGGGAGGGGGGAGUAACGUGUCUAUGAAAAUGUCCCAGUUUGUCCUCCUGAGAAUGAGGAAGCGGGAGAGGAAAGAACUCUGAAUCCAUGCACACAGAUGGCGACACCAUCUUUUAGCAAGAGGAUGUUAUGAGGAUUUCAUGGUCCUUUUGGUCUUAUCAGUAACUGAUAUUGCAACAAGGGUGCAAACGUGUCAUGUGCCAGUCAGCUCAGCUUUGCAUGUGGGACAGCCGAGCAUCGCAGUGGAGCUGGCAUAUUGCUGAAAAGCAAGCUGUUACCAUGCAUAAAUCAUACUUUUAUCGCGCUGGUUCUGACUGGGAAUACAUCUGUGUGACAAGCCUCUUUUUCUUCCAUGUGUAAAUUUGUGCCUUACAACAUCAAUUGUGUACAGUUAGCUUGUAGUCUGCAAACACGUUUCUCCUUUUUAAAUAACACACAGAUGUGAGCGCACACACAACACACACAUACACACAUUGUGCUUCUUCUACCUAGGUUUGGCCCAUUUUUUGGAAUGAAAUCAAGUUUGAAAGCAAAUACAGUUUUAAUCCCCAGUCCCCAGAGAAAUCACAAUUGAUGAUGUUCAUGCUAUGCUCGUGCCAAUCUUGCACCCCCUGCCCUUCUCCACACACACACACACACACACACGACUGCCUAUUUGUGCAGUUCAAUUGCAUUUCUCUGGAUGUGAUUUUUCUUUUUUAUAUAUAUAUAUUUCAUUUCAGCACUGUAAUACGAUGUAUUCCCACUAGAUAAUUCAGACAGACGGAUCUGCUUUAAUAUGGUUUGUGUGGAUGGCGGGCAAAUAAUUGUGAUCUGAUUGGCUUGUGCUUCGUUUAAAGGCACCACAAAACCUACAUAGUAAAUGAUAAUUGAAUUGGCAAAGGCAGUCUUAAAGCAGGCUGGUUCCUGCUGUUUUAUCACUGCUGUAAGAGCACCCAGAAGGAUACAGAAAACCUUUUGGCACAACUGGUUUUAAUUAUUGUUUUCUUUUUCGUUUUCAGUUUCUGAAUCACGCUGAAUAGAGUGUUUGUUUUUAUCUGUUAAAUAAUUGUCAAACCUGUUGUGGAAAUGAGGUUCUGAAAUCUACCGUUCUGUACAAAUUUUGUUUUCUCCCUUAUUUUCCUUUUUUUUAUUUUUGUACUUUUAUUUUGCUUUUUGCAGUUUGGUUUUUCAAUUGGACAAUUACUUGCAAGUCAGCUAGUUUUUAGAAUGGUAGCUAGAUAAUUCGAUAAGGAACUAGACCAAAGUGUGUAACAAGGGUGCAUGUAUAUUCUACUUCCGUGUCCUUCAUCGUCAUUACUUCAUUAUGUUAGCUAUCGUCGCUGCAUUCCUUUCCAAGUAAAACUUCAAGACAGUUUAAUUUAACUGUGUACAUUUCAGGCAAAAGAGGUCUCAUACCUUCCUUCUGUUGCUUCUGUGUGAUGGUAUAUAAGUUAACUCUCUGGGUGCAAUUUUAAUGUAUUUUUUAGGAUUUUAACUUGAGAAAUGUAUUGCAGUACUUUAUGCAAGAGUUCUGAUAAGUUCAUAUUGAAAGGCCAAUAUGGUACUCACAGAGUUAAUUUGAUUCAAAAAUGUGAUGUCCUAUGUAAAUGAAUGGUAGUUGAGCUAUUUGCUGCCUUUUUGUUUUGGCAGUCUUUGUGCAUCCCUCUCUGCCCCUACGCGUGCCUUUGGAACUCACCCUUGAUAUACACUCUUAGAUACAACAGUCAGAUUCUGGUUGUGUAAUAUGUAAAAUAUUGUGAUGUCAACACAAUCUUUCCCUCAGCUCCACGUCCCUAACAUCCAAUUCACAACUCAAAUGUAUGUUGUAAAAAAAACUCUUUAAUUAUUAAAUAAUGUAAUAAAA